UACAACCACACCAGAUGAUUAUAAGCAUAAUUGUCUGAUGUUUAUUAGAAAGAAAUGGAAGGAUUGGAAAGAUGAGCUUAAAAGAACUACUUAUAACUUAUAUGAUAAUGAUGAAGACCGUUUGGCGAAUUGUCUGAAUAGGGUCGAUCCUGAUCAAUGGAGAGUUCUUGUGCAAUUUUGGGGUACUAAAACAGCCAAGAGAUGUAGUAAAACCAACAGUAAAAGCAAGCACAAACAGAAAAUGGGACACACAAGUGGGAGGAAAGGCCAUUGUCUUGUAAGGGAUGAGUUGACACAGAUUAAGGAUGGAGUAGUAGUAGAGCCCGAUCGUAUACAGGUAUUCAUUAAGACUCAUACAAAGAAAGAUGGACAACCAGUUGAUGAAGCAUCAGCUUUGGCCAUAUGUCGUCUUAAUGAGGGAGCCUCUCAGAUUCCUGAGUCUUUAGAGUCACCUGCUUUACGGGAGGAGUUAUUCACUAACGUACUAAAACCAGAUAGGAAUGGACGUGUGCAUACCUAUGGCCUGGGUCCUUGUCCGAGUCAAGGGUUUGGGACUAGAUAUACUCGAUCUCAGAAGCAGCGUGUCAAGGAUCAGUUACGUGCGGAGUUGUGUGUUGAGUUGGGUGCAGAGUUGCAACAAGAGGUGCUAAGAGACGUAAAUGAUGAAAUCACUCAAUUGAAGAACCAAUAUGCAACCGUGGUAGCUUAUAUGAAAAGUGCAGAACAUCCUCCAUCACCAAAUGGAGCUGGAAAUGGAGAUGGAGAUCACACACCGUCACUAAUGGAGCACAAUGGACAGGUUGAUAGGACAUAGACGGACAUGGAAGACAUGCAAUAGGAAUGAUGGGAAAUCUUCUUGAUAAUGGAAACUGUUUUUGUUUUGGAGUUCGCAACCAAAAGCAUAUUUUGGGUAUUUUUGCUGCUUUGGUUAGUAUGAUCUUUUGUUUUUGGAGAUACACAUGCAAUUGAAACUUAUAUUUUGACGCUUUGGGUUUGAUUUUCACAUUGGCAUUCUAUACCUAGCAUUGUUAUUUUUUGUUGCUUUGAGAAUAGUCUUUACGAUGUCCAAUUUGCAUAUAUACGGAACUUGCAUUUUGGUUUUGGUAGUGGAACUUCAAAUUGUUUUGGACAAUUACAA